AUGGGGCUUAGUCAACUUCCUCUUGUGCUCUUGCUGAUUUCAAAUAUCCACUCUGGUCAAACUGAAGGAAGACCAAAACCCACAGUAACCAUUACGCCUGCUCAACCUGUGUUCAGAGGAGAGACAGUCACUCUCAGAUGUGACAUAUAUGGUGGAGGAGUCAAUAGCUGGCGCUACUACUGGUAUAAAGAAGGUUUAUACAGUGUUUUCAGUGAUCAAAAGGAACACACAUUCAGGUCUAUUACUGAGUCUGAUGCAGGUAAAUACUCCUGUGAUGGAUUCAUUGGAUCAAACGGCUCUAAUCGCAGUGAUACAGUUACACUGACAGUAUCAGAUUUUCCUAAACUAACUCUGACUGUGAAGCCACAGAGUUCAGUGUUCACCGGAGACUCAGUUACUCUGAGAUGUGAGGGGAUUCAGUCACAGUAUGGAUGGGAGUUUCUCUGGAGAAAAGACUCAAACACUGAAACUAUUGAAGCUGCAACUAAAACAAUCAAUCGUGUGAAAGUCUCUGAUAGAGGAGAGUACAGCUGCAGAGCACGAAGAAGAGAAUGUUACACAGAUUACAGUGUGCCAGUAAUGGUGAAAAUAUACGAAAAACCAAAACCCACAGUGAAAAUUAAACCUGCUCAACAUGUGUUCAGAGGAGAGACAGUCACUCUCAGAUGUGACAUAUAUGGUGGAGUCAAUAGCUGGCGCUACUACUGGUAUAAAGAAGGUUUAUACAGUGUUUUCAGUGUUCAACAGGAAUACACAUUCAGGUCUAUUACUGAGUCUGACGCAGGUAAAUACUCCUGUGAUGGAUUCAUUGGAUCAAACGGCUCUAAUCGCAGUGAUAAAGUUACACUGACAGUAUCAGAUUUUCCUAAACUAACUCUGACUGUUGAGCCACAGAGUUCAGUGUUCACCGGAGACUCAGUUACUCUGAGAUGUGAGGGGAUUCAGUCACAGUAUGGAUGGGAGUUUCUCUGGAGAAAAGACUCAAACACUGAAACUAUUGAAGCUGCAACUAAAACAAUCAAUCGUGUGAAAGUCUCUGAUAGAGGAGAGUACAGCUGCAGAGCACGAAGAAGAGAAUAUUACACUGAGUACAGUGUGCCAGUAAUGGUGAAAAUAUACGGCAAGCAUUUUUACAGAGAGCAAAUAUAA